GGUACCGAACAAAAAAGGAAACAAAACAAACAACGGGUAGAUCGGUUCAGGCGGUUGAUCCCUUCGUACGGUCAGCUGUGUAAGCAAAUAGAGCACCGGAUAGGCUAGAAAAUGCUUUCCAUCCGUCAUGGGAACUUUUGUAGAAUACAAGUCGGCAGUAGAAAAAGUCUCGAAGGGGGGAUAGGCCAAGGUCGAGGGUCCGGAGUUAAUACGUCAAAUCCGCAAGGAGAAAGGACUGCGGUAGUCAAUUUUGUUCCUCUACGUAAGCUCUGGUGACGACGCCGAAGAGGAGUCAACGAACGAAGGAGACUGCAGUGA